GGCGUAAAAGAAAACAUCUGUAGAAACUAAAAUUGAUUUCAAGAUGUCAAAUAACGAAAGUAUUGAGGACAAGCCAGUCAAAAUAGACAAAUGGGAUGGAACAGCUCUUAAGAAUUCCUUGGAUGAUGCAGCAAAAAAGGUGAUGCUAGAAAAGGGAUAUAAAAUGAAAGAAUGUUCAAGAUUAAUGGAUGGUAGAUUAGUAAUAUGCACAAUAGCUGUGGGAUUUGCUAUGUUUGCUCUUGUAUGGGAUUAUCUCAAACCUUUUCCACAAUCCAAACCUGUUCUCAUUGUUUGUGUUUUAUCAUACUUCAUUUUAAUGGGUAUCCUCACACUAUAUACAACCUAUAAAGAAAUGGGUAUAUUUUUAGUAGCAUUAGAAAAAGACAAGGCUGGUGUAGAUCCAGAUGAUAUAUGGACAUUAUCAUCAGUAUUAAAAAAGUAUGAUGACAUGUAUACUCUACAAAUCUCAUUUCAAGAUGGUAAAACCAAGAAAACUCAGACGAUCGAAAAACAAAGAUCAGUUGCAAAUUUCUUUGAUGAAGAAGGAAUAUUGCAUUUUGAAAAAUUUGAACAGUUUGUUAAGCAAAUCAAAGAAAGUUUAAAUACGGACAAAAAGAAUAAAUAAUCAUCAUUUAGUUCAUGUCUCAUUUGUUGUUAGUGUAUGUGAUGUAUUGCUUUGUUGAAAGAUUGAGUGUAUUCUGUGUUAAUGGUGAUGGCACUGAUAUGUCUUUAAAACAAAUUCUAUUUCAACUGAACUAAAAUGACCAUAUUUUCAUUCAUUAUUUGUUUGUUCAUUAAUGUGUGAAAUGUUGCACUUGAAGAUAUAUUUUACCAUAAACUACAUUUAGACAUAGCUCAGUCAUUGGUCAUUGAUCUGAACAUGGGUCAGAAAUAAAUUCAGCAGUAAAUCUAAACUCCUCACUAUUAGUUUGAGAGAGUGAUUGUUAAAAAAAAAUAUAAUCAAAACUAAGGUGCCCGCCAGCCUUCUGUAUUCAAGUUGAAAUUCUGUCUUAAUCAUAAGUUAUGCCCUUGUUUUUUCUUUGAAAUAAACUUAUAAAAACUUUUGACAUAAU